AUGCCUUCAAAUGUUUCCAAGCCAAUUCCAAAAGCUGCUUCACCAAAUCCUUAUCGUGUCAUAUUUGGUACUUUUAUCCAUACUCCCAAUUUAUCAGAAUUAGAAAUUUGUAUGAAGACCUUGAUUGGAGUUAAUGAAGAUGGUGUAAUAGAAUUUAUAAUUAAGGACUGGGACUGGGAAAAAGAAGAUAGUUUGCUUUUAGAUGAAAUGAUUCCGCUUAGAGCUAAUAAAAAUUAUGUGUUUUAUAAUUAUGGAUUGCAUGGUCCUAAAUUUUUUAUACCUGGUUUUAUUGAUACUCAUAUACAUGCGUCACAAUAUCCAAAUAUAGGCAUAGGUUUAAAUACACCAUUAUUGAGCUGGUUAAAUGAUUAUACUUUUCCUUUAGAAUCUAAGUUUAGUACUGAUUUAGAAAUGGCAAAAGAUGUUUAUUCAAAAGUUAUAAAGAAAACUUUAAGUAAUGGUACAACAUGUGGUUCUUAUUUCACUACAAUUGAUCCCAAAUCAACUAAUUUUUUUGCUGAUUUAUUAUUAGAACAUGGACAACGUGGAUUUGUGGGAAAAGUAUGCAUGGAUCAUAAUGAUACAUACAAGAAUUAUCAAGAAAGUUAUGAAACGUGUGUUUCUUCAAUGAAUGAAAUAAUCAAUCAUAUAAAUGAAGUAAAUCCAAAAGGUGAACGUUUAGUUAAACCUAUAGUAACACCAAGAUUUGCUCCUGUUUGUUCAAGAAAAAUGUUAACAUAUCUUGGAAAAUUAUGUAAAGAGCAAAAUCUCCCGAUUCAAACUCAUAUAAGUGAAAAUAAAGAUGAAAUUAAACUUGUCAAAUCUAUAUUUCCAGAAUGUGAAAAUUAUGCAGCCGUCUAUGAUCAUUUUAAAUUAUUGAAUCGGAAGACAAUAUUGGCUCAUGGUAUACAUUUAACAGAAGAAGAGAUAGGAUUGAUAAAAAAAAGAAAGUGUUCCAUAUCUCAUUGUCCUACUUCAAAUACAUUUAUCUCAAGUGGAGAAGCUCCGAUUUAUAAAUACUUGUAUGAGGAUCAAAUUAAUGUUAGUUUGGGAACAGAUGUGAGUGGUGGGUUUGAUUCUUCAAUUUUACAGAUUAUUAAACAUUCUAUAUUGGUAAGUCAUCAUAAAUCUAUGCAUGAGAACUCAAAUAAAAAGAUUUCUAUUGAAGAUGCAUUAUAUAUGGCGACAAUGGGUGGUGCAAAAGCAGUAGGAUUAGAUAAAUUAGUAGGAUCUUUUGAAGUAGGGAAGAAAUUUGAUGCACAAUUAAUUGAUUUUCAAGAAGGUGCUACUGACGUUUUUAAAUGGCAACUUCCAAGCGAUAUAACAGACUCAUUAGAUGAACAAAAGAAGAAAAUAUUUGAUCUAUUAAGUAAAUGGGUUUUCUCAGGUGAUGAUAGAAAUUGUGUCAAAGUAUGGUGUAAUGGUAGAUUAGUGAUUAAUAAAAAGGAAGAUAAAAAUAGUAUUAAAGCACAUGGGGGAAAUGCUCAAGAAUAA